AUGGCCCCGCUCCCCCGCCUCAAGAGCCGAUUCUGCUGCCUUGCCUUGGCUUUUACCGCGAGCAGCCUCCUGUCGCAGAGAGACUCAGAGACGGUCCUCCUGCGUGGUCUCCCCUGGCGGCUCAUCCCACGGCUGUUCCCGAGUGAGCCCACGGAGCCAGGCCGUCUGCAGCCAGCGGUUGCUUCAUCCGGGAGCUCAGAUCGCUUUCUGCUUGCAGGCGUUCCGAGGGAGGAGGUGCGCCGAGUGGCUGAGCUGACUGCAGAAGUGGCGGCGCUUGGAGAGGAGCCUCUAGCGGAUCCCCUGACUUUGCUCCGCUUCCUUAGGGCACGCCACGGCAACGUACCGGCAGCAGCCCACAUGUAUCGCGACACCCUCGCCUGGCGGUCGAGUUUCUGCAUCUCCUCUGUCAUGAAUGCCUUCGGCUCGGGCGGAGAGUACCACCGUGAUGGGGCGCGGGCAACUGAUACCUCGAAAUGGACCUGGGCUCCAAGUCCCAGCACGCCGGAAUCCCGAAUGGCCGCUCGCCACGCUUUCUGGGGCAGAUUGCUGGCCCCAGAUAUGGAGGAGCCUGUAUUGAUCUGGCGCGCCGGAAGCGCGGACUACGAAGGCAUGGUCCGAGAAGGCAUCGUCGACCUGAUGAUCGAAGCAUUCGUGGCCCAUCUUGAGGACGCAUUUCAAGCCGUGCGAGCGUGCUCUUUGAAAAGCAAGAAACUGCUGAAAGCACGGGUCAUUAUCGACUGCAAGGGGUUCGGCUUCGAGAACGUGCGCUACAUCCCAAUCCUCCGGAAGAUCAUUGUCAUGGCCACCUCGUACUUUCCAGAAAUCUCUGCUUCUGUGACCGUGGUGCGUGCGCCCAGCUUCCUAGCCACCUUCUACGGCCUUGUCCGACCACUUCUUCCGAAGAUGCUCCAGGACAAGGUGAGUAUCCUGGGGAACAACUUUGAGAAGGGUCUCUAUGAACGCACUGGUCUGGAGAUGGACAGCUGGCCGACCUUCCUUGGUGGGACUGUCGACUGUGUGGAGGAGGUCCAGCGCGUUCCUCGGAAAGCCUGGAGCUUGCUGAAAUCGGAGAGCCUGGCCUAUGCGUGA